GGGUCGCGAUUCAUUCCACGCGUUUUACGUCCCUCUUUGGUUUCCAUACGAGAAAGAGAGUGGGAGGGACCAUCAUGGCUUCCAAGGCCGUGAAGUUGACAGCCGUCCCGGCUGCGCUGGGACUGGCCUCAUUUCGUGUUUAUGCCAUGAGUGAAGAGAAACAUGAAGAGCUCAUCUCUCCACGAGAGCUCUCAAUCUACUCCCCUGAUCCUCCUGCAAUGCACUAUGUGGAGGAGCAUCCAGGACCACUACAGAGAGGCCUGGGGGUGGUGAGAGUGGGACUGCAGCCAUAUGUUCGAGCAGUGAAGAAUGCCUGCACUUCAGUCAAGGUUGGUGCAGUAGCUGUUUACCAGACAGGAGAAGAUACAUACAAUUUCUUGAGGGAUCCUCCCCCGGGUUUCCUGCCAAGAGUGGGGGUCAUAACAGUGUCUGGUUUGGCAGGACUCAUACUGGCGCGGAAAGGGUCACGCUUAAAGAGGCUGGGUGUGCCGCUUGGUCUAACAACAGUGGGAACUGCAAUGUGCUACCCCACUCAAACAGUUGGGGUCUUAAAGGUGACCGGUAAGAAGAUAUAUGCUGCAAGCUCAUCUGUGGCCUCAGUUUUUAAAUCUAAACCUAAAGAACCCGUCAUCGCCCCUGCUGCCAGCCUUGAGCCAGCAGCACCUGUGUCCAAUCCAGUGCCGGAAGCUGAGGUCCCUGAAUCCAAAGCUCUGCCUGAGUCCACAUCCUCUGAUCCAGCCUCAGCCAUUGAUGCCCCUCCUGCUCCAUCUGAAGUCCCUCAGCCCUCAUCAGGCCCCCCAGCAGCCCCAGAAUCUGCCCCUGUAGCUGAAACAACCCCACCCACUACCGCAGAACCUGCCCCAGAGACUGUUCCGGAAGCUGUCCCCGCUCAAGAAACAUCAGCUCUGGAACUGGCUGCUGAAGUGGCCCCUGUUGAAGUCACUGAGGCCGCACCAGCCCCAGAACCUGCUCCAGAGGCUACAGUUGCCCUUGAACCUGCUCCAGAGGCUGCAGCUGCCCCAGAACCUUCCCCAGAGGCCGCAGCUGCCCCAGAACCUUCCCCAGAGGCUGCAGCUGCCCCAGAACCUGCCCCAGAGGCCGCAGCUGCUCCAGAACCUGCCCCAGAGGCUGCCGCUGCCCUAGAACCUGCUCCAGAGGCUGCAGCUUCCCCAGAGCCUGCCCCAGAGGCCGCACCUGCUUCAGAACCUGCCCCAGAACCUGCCCCAGAGGCUGCAGCUGCUCCAGAACCUUCCCCAGAGGCUGCAGCUGCCCCAGAACCUGCCCCAGAGGCCGCCGCUGUCCCAGAACCUGCUCCAGAGGCUGCAGCUGCCCCAGAGCCUGCCCCAGAGGCUGCAGCUGCCCCAGAGCCUGCCCCAGAGGCUUCAGCUGCCCCAGAGCCUGCCCCAGAGGCCGCAGCUGCCCCAGAACCUUCCCCAGAGGCCGCACCUGCUCCAGAACCUGCCCCAGAGCCUGCCCCAGAGGCUUCAGCUGCCCCAGAGCCUGCCCCAGAGGCCGCAGCUGCCCCAGAACCUUCCCCAGAGGCCGCACCUGCUCCAGAACCUGCCCCAGAACCUGCCCCAGAGGCCGCAGCUGCUCCAGAACCUGCCCCAGAGGCUGCCGCUGCCCCAGAACCUGCUCCAGAGGCUGCAGCUGCCCCAGAACCUGCCCCAGAGGCCGCAGCUUCCCCAGAACCUGCCCCAGUGGCCGCAGUUGCUCCAGAACCUUCCCCAGAGGCUGCAGCUACUCCAGAACCUGCUCCAGAAGCUGCCUCAGAGCCUGCCCCAGAGGCCGCAGCUGCCCCAGAACCUGCCCCAGAGGCCCAAGCUGCUCCAGAACCUGCCCCAGAGGCUGCAGCUGCUCCAGAACCUGCCCCAGAGGCUGUAGCUGCCCCAGAAUCUGCCCCAGAAUCUGCCCCAGAUGCUGCAGCUGCUCCAGAACCUACUCCAGAGGCCACAGCCACACCUUCCCUAGAACCUACCCCAGAGGUUACAGCUGCCCCUGUCCCAGAAGCUGCCCCAGAGGCCGCACCUGCCCCUGAGCCUACCCCAGAGGCUUCACCAGCUCCACCUGCCCCUGAACCUGCUCCAGAGGCUUCACCAGCUCCACCUGCCCCAGAGGCAGCAUCUGCCCCUGAAGCUACCCCAGGGGCCACACCUGCCCCUGAAUCUACUCCAGAGGCCAUACCUGUCCCUGAAUCUACUCCAGAGGCGACACCUGCCCCUGCCCCAGAGGCUGCAGCUGCCCCUGAACCUGCCCCAGAACCUGCCCUGGAGGCCACACCUGCCCCAGAACCUGCCCCAGACGCUGCACCUGCUGCUGAACCUACUCCAGACACUCCACCUAAACCUGCUGAGGCCCCUGAAGUUAUUGCUGCUGCAGCCCCAGAGGUGGCACCUACAGAAAACCCCACGGAGACCCCAGUCCCAGUCCCAGUUGCUGAAGAGGCCCCAGCUCCUGCAGCAGAUGCAGCCCCAGCUGUUGAGGAAGCCACACUCGCUGCCCCUACUGUGGCAGCUGUUAGCGAAGCCACUUCCUCUAGUAGUGAACCCAGCGUAAUUGUUAUUGAAACACCUGGCAAAGAGGCAACCCCCUCACCUGCAGUAGACGACACUGCCCUGUCUGUGGAUGAGACCACACCCGCAGCCCUGGAUCAGCCUCCUGUUGUGAUUGACAAACCUGUUCUAGAGAAGGCCGUUACUGAGAAACCACAGUUUGUUCCUGAUCCUUUGCUUGUGGACCAUGGCCAGGCCCACCCUGAGGACUCUGACAUGUAUAGCACUCGCGGCUAGACCGAAAUGGAGGAAGGUGUGGGGGGGGGGGGUGGUGAUAGGGGAGCACUGAAUGGGAGCUGUGGGUGAUUUUCACCACCAGUCAACUCAAGCAAAGUAAUCCAAAGUUCUGGUUACACAGUAGAGGCAUACACAGACACACAAUGUUUCAGAUCUGUAAUAUCUUGUGAAGGUGUUUCUCCGUACUUCCUUCUGAGGCCUCAGGCCUUUGAUAACUUUUACCUCACUUACAUUAAUCAGUUUACCAACAGGGUGUGUGGCAUACAGUAUGUGAUGAUGUGAACACUCCCAUUGUGGUGUCAGCCAGUCACACAUCCUCACACACGCUGUACACUGUUAAGGAAAAAAAAACAGCGGUACAGGGAGCAAAGUGAUGUUAUUACUAAGUCACAUUACAGUCAUUAAAAAAAUAAAUAAGCCAAGGGACACCUUGUCCUAACAGUAAGAUGGCCUUCUCACCAUUGUAUACUGUGAACAUAUAGGGUACGUAAUUUACCAAGCUCAGAUGUCAAAGAAACAUUUUUACAGGACCAUACAUAGUCUUUUAUACCUCAAACAAAACUUUUCCAAGGUUUACACAUUUUGUUUAGCCACACCAAUGUUUUUCUGUCAGCUUAUAGAUCCUGAAUAUCUAGACAAUCUAUGCAAUAGCAUCUAUUUGAAAUCUUUGGGUUGGGGUCAUAUUCAAACUGCUGAAUGUAGGUAGUCUUUAGGUGUAUUUGGUUAUUACCCUUCAGGGGGGUAUUCUAAGUACGUGGUUUAGUGACAAACCUGGGUAAGUAUACUCCGAGUAGGGGUAUACCUCCUAAUAGAAGAGCUGCAUGGCUUUAUUCUCCUUACAAAAUGCCAUAGGGCUCUUGUUGUAGGAGUUACUUAUCCUGAGUUAACAUACCCAGCUUUGUCCCUAAACCACGUACCGUACUUGGAAUACCCCCCUGAUCAGCAAAGGGACAAAGACAAGGGUAAGGCUUAAGUUGAGUUGGCGGUGUCGGCAGGGUCACCUUCGAGGUUUAGGUCUCCUUAGUUUGCAGAUACUACUCAAACCGAUGUGCAUUAAGUAGGAGUACAAUAUUCAUGUCUGCACAUCUGUAGUGUGUUGACUGACUGAUGUAUGUGAUUGUUGGAAUAUUGAGUAUUAUAAGGAUGAAUCACUGAGCCAUAAAUAGUUCAGAGGGAAAUUAUUUUGAUUUGAGCUUUAUUUAUACUUGCAUAAGGAUAUUUUUCAAUCAUGACUUGUGAUAUUACUUGAAUACCUAUUUCCAGUCAAUUUUUACAGGGUUUUCAUGUCAGUAUCUUAAACUGUAAUUCAUGCUUCAAUUUAAAAAGGUGUUCCAUGUUUUCUUACCUAUGAUAAUGUAACAUUUUCAUCUCACUUGCAGUAACUUUAUCACAUGGCUUGGUAUGUCUGUACCUCUUGUGCAAAUGGAAAAAGGAGAAUAAAAUGAAGCUUUGGACGUUU